ACAUCUCUUUCUUUGUUUACAACUGCGCGUUUAGGUUGCUUGUCAAAUUUCAGAUAAUAAAACCCAAAAAAAGUUUUCAGAAAACCUGAAUUUUUCGCAUUUUGUGUUACGGAAUUCGAGUAUUUUGCUAGUGAAAUCGGUCCGCCAUCAAGAAUAUCGCUUUAAAAGUUGUGUACAGUUUAGGGGCAGUACGCGAAACUAUGUAGUUCGAUUUUUCGUUGUUGAAAAGUUGUGAAAAGCAUAAACUUUGUUGGUAAACGUUUUGGUUCAAAUAAGCCAGCUAGGUAGGAUGGAAGAUCAGAUAAGCCAAGAUUCCAGUGAUGUCGAGAUGAAUAACUCCAAAGGGGUCCUGCUGAAAAUUGCAAACCUCUACGCGGAGCAGUUGAUGUCCGACGUUUGCCUGGUGGUGGGAGCGAAUCGCUACCCUGCCCAUCGAGUGAUUCUGUGUGCCAGCAGUGAUGUGUUCCAGGUGAUGCUCAUGAAUCCGGAGUGGAACGAGUGCCGCGAGAGUGUGAUCGAGCUCAAGGAGGACCCCAUGUGUUCGAUGGUGUUUCCCCAGUUCCUCAAGUACCUGUACGUGGGCCAGAUCAAGGUUUCAAUUCAGACGGUGAUGCCAAUGCUGGAGCUAGCUGACAAGUACAACAUCAAGGAUCUGGUGGAGCUUUGCGUGGACUACAUGAUGAAGCACAUCGCCAAGGCGGCCACCCAGGGCUACAUGGUUUCGUGGUUUCAGUACACAAUUUCACUUGGGAGCAGCCAUGUGGAGCUGACGCAAGCGCUGAAGAAGUUCCUAAAAUGGAAUCUAGAUAUCGUGUCGGAGUCGAACGACUUCAACGAACUUUGCGGGAUGAUUCUGGUGACGCUGCUGCAGCAGAACGAUCUGGUGGUUCAAAGCGAGUACACACUGUUUGGUUAUCUCGAAAAGUGGCUUCUGUAUAAAAAAGAACAACUGGACAAGGAUUCGGACAUGUCGGAGGAGGAGCGCCUGUUUGAACUAGUCAGCACGAUCGAGGCCGUGUUUGUGCACGUCCGCUUUGCCAUGAUGUCCCCCGCCGAGCUGGCCAACGUUCUGAAGUGUUCGAUUGUUCCCUUCCACAAGGAGUUCUUCGUUGAUCGCGUAGCGAUCGGGUUGUGCUUUCACGCGGGGAGGGACGACCGGAUUCGGGUGAUUCGGUCGCAGGACACCGGCACCAUGCAGUUUACGCCCCGGUUUUACACGAACGACCGGUGCAGUCUUAGUAUGCAGAUUGACGAGUUUGAGAAGAUCGAAAACUACCAAAAUUUUGUGUGGUGCUUCUUUUCGCAGAAGCAUUUGUCCGAGCAUUUUGAAGACCAAAGUGUUGCAUGGGAAAUUGAGCUCUUCCCGCGAGGAGUGAAGUACAAUCGGGCGAUGCUGAUAGGAGUGUUUAACAUGCCGGUUAAUACGGAGAUUCCGGAGUCGAUUAUUCGGACCGUUCGGUUGAAGGUUCUGUGCCAGGAACGUUUGCAAGAGGAUCAACGAUUUCGGAUCGGUGUCCUGAUCAGCGGUGUCCAGAACCGCAUCAACCACAUUCGGACGUGCCAUGUGCCGGCGUACUUCAACAACGACUUCCGGGCUAACAUCGACAACCUGAUACCGUACGACGAGCUGCAGCUGAGGGUCAACCUCAGCCCGCACUUAACCGGCGAGAAGCGGGAUACCAUCCGGUUACAGGUCAUCAUUGCGCCGCUCGGUGAGUACGCCUGCACAGAUAUGCCAACGUUCGAGUUCAAAGACUAACGAUAAGAAGCGCGCGCGCGGUUGAGCGAGAAGA